AUGGUUUCUUUCAAAUGUCAUUUCGCAUAUUCCACUGUGCUAACAUCGCCCUUCCCUCAUGAGAAACAAGCUUUUCCAGUUCCAAGCAGUGUCCUCGUGCAUGAGCAUCAAGUGGAUCCCAACUGUGCCGACAUGUUACUACUAAACUGCACCAAGUUAGAAAUCAAAGAAAUGUUAGAACAAGCAACAUCAUCCAUUCUAGCUCCCUCAUGGAAACUCUUCAUCUCAAUCCUCCUUCGACUCGUCAUGACUUGUUUCAUCAUUGGAGAGUUUGUGCCACUACCCAUUUCAAACAACAAUUACAUCAAAACGUUAUACUUGUUUAUUGCAUGGGGCGUGUCGUUUCAAUUUGACAUUCGUGUGUAUGAAUUGUGUUUUUGCAUGUGUGUCAAUGUCUUGUUCAUUGCACUCAAUUACAAUGCCUUGUCGAAAGGAAUCUUUCAAUUCACUUCACAAGAUUUCUUGUUGCAACCGGUGUGGGAAUUUUUCAUGUGGGGAUUCUAUGUGUUGCAUGCCAUGAGAAGUUUGGGAGAUUAUUCGUGCUCGAGUGUGAGACCAAAGAAGCGAGAAAUUCUUAUCAUUGGCUUUUUCAAGUGUUUUUGGAAUUUUUGA